AUGCUGCGGCGCUCACAACACCAAACGUAUUUCAAGGAUCCAACGAAAGAUGAGCUGUUUCGGCGAUUCUUUGGCUUGCCCGAGACGGAGAGCAGCCUGAUAGAAGUCAACUCAAUCCUCGGACUCAAGGGAAAGACCGAACUAUACUCUGGCAAAGUACAUUUGACGCCGCGCUUUAUCUGCUUCAUUUCCCUUGACCGUCGAGCAUGUCGGCUCGUCAUGCCACUCUGUUGCAUCCGUCGGGUCGAGAAGCUCGGCACGGGCACCGGUCUGACGAGUGGACCUGCCAAGCACGGCCCAGGGAGCUCAUCACAAUCACCGGCACGCGUCGUGACCGUCGGCGUGGGUGUAUACGCGCUUUCGCUCGAGACUUGGCAUGGGAGCAAGAUCAUGCUUCAGCUCAACGCACUCAGGAACGUCUGCGAUUCGUUCUCGGGCAUCUUGAAGUCACAACUCAAGACGGUUCUGCCGGAGAUGAAGACGCUGAAGCGCACGACGUCUACCUUUUUCUCAGAGAUUCUCAUUGCAGAGGAAGUCCAAGCUGGCAUUGUAGAUGACGCUGUGCCAAAAUUACCACCUCUGGCGUCCCCCAAUCUGAUGGACGAUGACGAUCUCAUACCAAACGGCGUCGAUAGUAAAGGCAAAGCAAAGGAGGUCGAAGGUCAUGGACAACCUUGGACAACGCGCGGCGGGCUCGAUCAAGGUUGGCAUGGCGGUCUUGGCCUUGUAUUCCGAUAUCCCGGCGACGCACGCAAGCUACGCGAGAAGAGCAAGAUGAAGCUGUGGAAGGAUCUCAUCAGAAUAAACGGACGGAAUCUCACCCUUGUACAGUAUCCGUCAUUUGCGCGCCUGAUCCAAGUCGGCCUGCCCAAUCGUCUGAGAGGUGAGAUUUGGGAGAUCACCUCUGGUUCUGGCCUGCUGCGAAUGUCGCAUCAAGGCGAAUACGAGCGAAUAUUAGUUGAUCACGCUGGUCAGACUUCAAUGAGCACAGACGAAAUCGAGAAGGAUCUGUACCGCAGCCUGCCGGAAUAUCCGGCAUACCAAACAGAGGAGGGCAUCGCUGCUCUGCGCCGCGUUCUGUCAGCCUAUAGCUGGAAAAAUCCCGACCUAGGCUAUUGCCAGGCUAUGAACAUCAUCGUCGCCUCUUUUCUCAUAUAUCUAUCGGAGGAGCAGUGCUUCUGGCUUCUCAACGUUCUCUGCGACCAACUGGUUCCUGGCUACUAUAGUCCGAGCAUGGUCGGCACGCUGCUAGACCAGAAAGUCUUUGAGACUCUGGUGCAAAAGACAUUGCCUAUCAUACACGAUCACUUUCGCGAGGCUGACGUCCAGCUUCAAGUCGUCUCGCUGCCUUGGUUCCUAAGUCUGUUCAUCAGCUCUAUGCCGAUGGUCUUUGCGUUUCGCGUGGUCGACUGCUUCUUCCUCAUGGGUCCGAAAGUAUUAUUCCAGAUCAGCCUCGCCAUUCUCAAGAUCAACGGCGAGGAGCUAUUGCAGGUCACAGACGAUGGCAUGUUUAUCAACUGCAUAAAGACCUACUUUGCAUCACUCGGCCAGUCUGCUCAUCCAGACUCUGAUGAUUCGCGGCUUCGUCAAGUGACAAAGUUUCAGGAACUACUGGUCGUCGCCUUCAGAGAAUUCUCCCACAUUACGGAAGACACGAUCGCAGCUCAGAGGAAGCGCUUUCGGACCGAGAUCGUCGAAUCAAUCGAGACAUAUGCCAAGCGCACAGCUGUACGUAACCUGCGGCGGCCAGGUCGGCUUGACAAAGACAAGCUGGGCAUCAUCUAUGACAACUUUCAGAUGGCGAUCUUCCAGACUAAAGAGACGAUGGAGGCGACGGGCUCCAAGGAAGCGAGGCCAGGCGUCGUCGUCGACAGAAGCGAUCCGGAUCGACCAGAAAUUCGCAUAGAUCGUACUGCGUUUCAACAGCUCAUGGCAAAUUUGACCACUUGGGGGAGAGAUGAGCGCAUUGUUCGCAACGCUUUUCACGAGCAUCUCGUGCGCAUGCCUGUCGACCAUGACUUGAUCAACAGAAUCUUUUACGCCUGGGAUGUCGACCGCAAGGGGGCACUCUCAUUGCAGAACAUCGUCUCGGGACUUGACCGUGCCAUGUUCAACGAUUUGAUGGGCAACAUCGAAUGGUUCUUUACACUGCACGACAACAACAAAGAUGGCGCUCUGACAAAGGACGAGGUACUGCAGCUAUCAGAGUCUUUGCUCUUUAUCUUUCGCAACGAACCUGGGGAUCAAUAUCUCGGCGCCGUGUCGAAUCUCAUGCAGAAUUGCUUUGAAUACGCAGAAGCGCUUCAACCGCCGGCAGAUAAGGCGGCAGAAGACAGGCAGGAGGAAGAACGCAAGACGCAUGGACGGCGAAAGUCACUUGUCGAGGAGAAUUCCCGGCACCCCUAUCUGAAUCUGGCAACUUUCAGGAUGGUCGUUCUGGCUGAUGAACUGCUCGAGUCUUUCUUCGAUGCCGACUUGACGCACUCAUGGCAGCUCGAAGUCCUCGUUGACGAGACACCUGUUGCACCCAAGACUGGCGCAGGCCGUUUACUGGGCGGUCUGAUUGGCAUGUUUGUCAACGAUGACAACCGUGAGCGUAUCAAUCGGUUGGCAGAUCAUGUCGGUCAGCGUCUUGAGAUCCAGACCGUCGAGAAUAAGCCUGCCAUCGGCAAGCUGCAAGGAGCUGCAGCGUAUGCAGAGCCAAAAGCGCGCGAAUCGCUGCUCACCCCGUACUCACCUCGUCCGGGAGGCUCCUUCGUACCAGCAUCGCCGGCCACGAAUAUCAACCCAUUAUCGGCAGCCGCAAUGAGACAACCUGCAUAUCCGUCUCCCUGGGCAGACCCCUCGCCCGAUAACCCGGCAGUCGGGCCAGAUCCUGUCGAGCUUGCCAGCCGACCCCAGUUUGCGAUUGAUUUUGGGGAGGAUGAAGACGAGGCAGAUGAUCACGCUCAGUCGCACGAUGACCAGCGACUUAUGGACGAAGUCGAUGACUUUCUGCAAGUUCACGGCGGCAACACUCCAGAGGCUUCCGGGCUCACAAAGGAAGAGCAAGCGACUGCUGCAGGGCUUCUCAAAGAACAAGCGAGCAGUCCCGAGAAGACACAGGCCGUACUUGAAGCCAACCCGUGGAGCUAG